GCAACUGCUCUGCUUCGAGCUGGAGACUCAUCUGAGCUUCACCUGAGCCCCGACAACCAGUGCACACACAGUUCUGCAGGAGGAGGACAAAGGAGGUCAGGAAGGAUGAGGAGCAGGAGGGAGCACAAGGAGGACAGCACCACACUCAUUGCCAUGGAAACCACGCCAGAGAACAACUACGGCGCCAUCACCAUGGAUGCACCUGUUCAGCCUCGAGACAGGAACGUGUUCAGCGACGGAUCAACUCGAAUCGACUUUGUGUUGGUGUGGGAGGAGCCUUUGAGCUCAGAGAAGGAGGAGGGUACAGGUGAAAACCUCGCCCUCAAUAUGUGGAGGGAGGAGUUUCUAAACAACCUGAUACAGUCUGGACUGCUGCUCGAACAGAGGGAGGUCCUUCAGGCGAAGAAGAAGAUCUGUUUUGUCCUCCUCAGCGCUCCGUGGAGUGUCCUCUGUUACUACGCUGAAGAGAUCGGUCUCAGAGUUCCUCUGCAGGUGGUCACUACUCCAAUAAUUAACUGGUCUGAGCAGGCCAUGUCCCGACUGUCGUGUCGCAGCCCUCUGUCUCACGAUGUCCCUAACCCCCCACCGGACUACUACACCUGUCAAUUUCGGACCAGCAAGCUGGACAGGUUUCUAGCCAGCGACAACAAAGAGACAUUCUUCAAGACGACUCAGAGACACCAGGUGCUCUAUGAGAUCCUGGCCAGGACUCCGUACGGUAAAGUGAAAACAGGGGAGGUGGGAAUUGACCGACUGCUGAGUGAGCAGGUCUUCACUGCUGCCUACCCACUGCACGAGGGAGGUUUCCAGCUGCCAAAGACCCCAGUGCCCCCCACAUCUUUAGGUCUGAGACAAAUCCUGUAUACAUACUGGGCCAAGUGGUCCUGCUUUAGACGCUACCAACCUCUGGAUCACAUUAGAGAGUACUAUGGAGAGAAGAUAGCCCUUUACUUCGCCUGGCUCGGUUUCUACACUGGCUGGCUGUUGCCGGCGUCUAUCGUUGGGCUGUUAAUCUUCUUUAUUGGGUUCUUUCUCAUGGCCACUGAUGUUCCAGCGACGGAACUGUGCAACAGCGGAAACAGCCUCCUCAUGUGUCCUCUCUGUAACAUCUGCGACUACUGGAACUACUCCAGCAUCUGUGUCACCUACAAGGUGGGUCUCCUGUUUGAUAAUUCAGGGACAGUGUUUCUCAGUGUCUUCAUGUCUCUGUGGGCCGUCACCUUCCUGGAGUACUGGAAGAGAACUUGUUCAGCUCUGUCUCACCGCUGGGACUGCUCCGAAUUCGAGGACAUUGAGGAGCGACCUCGUCCAGAGUUCACAGCCAUGGCGCCGAUGACCAUGAGGAACCCGGUGACUGGAGCAGAGGAACCUUACUUUCCUGAAAAUAAGCGAUUCAACAGAACUCUGACCGGCUGCAUGGUCAUCAUCAUCAUGAUUGUUGUGGUGCUGAUUUUCCUCAUCGGAAUCAUUCUGUAUCGCACCAUCCUCCGAAUCAUCAUCUCCAAGUCUGGCAACAGCUUUGUCAGUUUCUCUGCCGGGAGAAUAGCCAGUCUUUCAGGAUCUGUGUUGAACCUGUUGGUCAUCCUCCUGUUGUCCAGGGUUUACGUCUCACUGGCUCACAUCCUCACCCGCUGGGAGAUGCAUCGGACUCAGACUAAAUAUGAAGACAUGUUCAUCUUGAAAGUAUUCAUCUUCCAGUUCGUCAACUUCUACUCGUCUCCAGUUUACAUCGCCUUCUUCAAAGGCAGGUUCGUUGGUUACCCUGGAAACUACCACACUCUGUUUGGAAUACGCAACGAAGAGUGCGGAGCAGGUGGAUGUCUCAUUGAACUGGCUCAGGAGCUGCUGGUCAUCAUGGUGGGAAAACAGCUGAUCAACAACGUCCAAGAGUUCAUUUUACCGAAGUUGAAGUCGUGGUGGCAGAAGAGGAAGAUAAGUCCUCGGGUGAAGAAGGUGAAGAAAGAGGAAGCAAAGGAGGCUCAAAUGGAGGUGAAGACAGGGGAAGGAGAGCAGGCUCAGAGGGAGGUCGAGGGAGAGGAAGAGGAGGAGGUUGCUCCCUGGGAGGCAGACUACCAGCUGCUGGUCUGUGAGGGACUCUUUAGCGAAUACUUGGAAAUGGUGAUUCAGUUUGGUUUCAUCACCAUCUUCGUGGCGGCGUGUCCUCUCGCUCCGUUCUUCGCCCUCGUCAACAACUGGGUGGAGCUUCGUUUGGACGCCCAGAAGUUUGUGAUGGAAUAUCGCCGCCCGGUGGCGGAGCGAGCUCAGGACAUUGGCAUCUGGCUUCCCAUCAUGCAGUUCAUCACAAACAUAGCCGUCCUCAGCAACGCGUUCCUCAUCGCAUUCACCUCGUCCUUCCUGCCUCGAGAAUACUACAGCUACACCAGAAACAGAACGAUGAGCGGCUUCAUCAACUUCACUCUGGCAACAUCACCGUACAACUACAGCCUGCAACACACACCCUGCAGGUAUCGGGGUUUCAGGGAUGAACUUGGUGAACACCUGCCUGACUACUUCCACCUCCUCGCCAUACGACUCAGUUUUGUCAUCGUGUUUGAGCAUGUGGUCUUCUUCAUCGGCCGUCUGAUUGACUUGAUGGUCCCUGACAUCCCUGAGGAGGUUGAGAUGAAGAUGAAGAGGGAGCAUUACAUGGCUAAAGAAGCGCUGGCUGAGAACCAGGCUUUGGGGACAGUCCUGUUUCCUGGUGAGAAUAACGCCCUGUCCGAUGGCCUGCGUCAUCGUGGAUCCAGACCACCAGCACAGAGCAACUCGCCUCCACUAAACCUGAAGGACAUCCCAGAGGAACCUGAUAUACUGGGCAGAUGAUGUACAGUAUAGCACACAUGAACUGUCUGCCCACUACCUCCACAUCUACAAGACUGAGCUUCUACUUUUGAUCAACCUCUCUGGCAUAUCUACAAGACCACUGUGGGACCACUAGAUUCAGGAACUGUGCUGAACCCUUACAGACACUGCAAGGACUUUGAAAAACCUGCAAAAUGUAGAUCUACAAGGCCUCUGCUAGACUUACAGGAACUACUAGACUGAUAAACCUUUACAGGAUCCAGUAGGCGGAUAGCAGAAAGAUGGCAGUAGGGUUGUUGAGUUGAAUAUGUUAGUCUGCCUGACUCAUUGAUCCUUUAUCUGACUGAGGUUUGUGCAAGUUAGUCUCUAUGGUCUCGAUCAUGUCCCUGUAGUAUCAGUAACUGUGCUGAGAAUUGAUAAAUCCUUUGGUGCUGAAGAAGCAGACUGAUUUGUAAAUUCACCAUUUUACCAUCUUGAAUGUAUGAUAUAAACUAUAUAUUAUAAAUAUUCUAUUCUAUA